GGUCCCAUGAGCUAACGUGAAGCCAGGAGUGAGGCAAAGAAAGAUCAGUCCAGAAGGUGGGGGGAAUUCGAAUGCCCAGCUAUGGGGCUCAGGAUGGCUUGAGGGUACCAGGGAGUCAGAGAAGGUUUUAAAACAGGGGAGUGACCCAUUUGGUUUGGGGGAGGUCAAGAAUGGUUUGGGUAGCUGCUGAGUGCUGCAGAGCCAAAAGUGGCAUGGCCGCAGCCAGAGAGGCUGACUGCAGCCAGAGCCAGCCCGCAGCCAGAGAGGCUGCCCGCAGCCAGAGCCAGAGAAGCUGGCCACAGCCAGAGCCAGAGAGGCUGAUUGGCGUCCUUGAGGGCCCUAUAGUGCAAACCUGGUUUUAUAUGAGGGUGAUUGAGCAGUCUGAGUGAGUCCAAAGACUCCUUAUAACCUGCCAUGAAAUUCACGUGUUCCAGCUGUCCUUCCUUAUCCAGAAUCUGUCCCCAGACUCCCCUGCAAGGACUGCCAAGUCCGACUCCUGUCUUGGGGUCCUCACAGGGAAAAGAGCUCUUUCGGUAGCACCCAGUCCUCUAGUGCUCAUGAACACACACUAAUCACCCUUUGUCCCUAGCUUCUGGAGAGACCUGGUUGGGCCAGGCUGAAUGGCUUGAGGCUGGCCCCUUCCCUCUCUAAGCACCCGGGCAGAUAAAUCAAAUGGGGCAGAUAAAACUCCCCAACUUUGUUGUCAUGAGGAUCAGACCUUUGUCAGCACUGAAGUGAAAGCACACAUGGGCAGGGUUUAGUAAACAAAGGGGAGCUCUCCCCAAUCAAGGCAGGACCCACCUUGUCCUUUCUCAGUACCCCUGAGAGAACACAACAGACCGUCUCCCACACUAGGUGCUGAAGGGCUCCAUUGAGAAAGAAGCCAGAGUUUGCUGUGUAUGGGUCACAUCUGUGUGGAGCUGGGUCCCUGAACUGGGUGCCAGGGCAGGAUAAUGACCUGUGACCAGGGUGGGGCUGAUAAGGCCACAGCCAAUCACUUGAGCCUCUCUCCUUCCUUGAAAGCUACUGGUGGCCUCUGGAGCUCCAGAAAUGUAGGCCUCAGCUGACUCUGUCAGAUACCUUGCUGGAGGGCUAGAGCGUAGGGGCUGGCCCCUGUCCAGCAUGCCUUAAGUCCCAGGAAAGCGCAGUUCCUUCCUGACUCACCCAGGGAUCUGCUCUAGCUCCUACCUGGAUUUGUCCUGGCUGUGUGGUGAAGAUAAGUGGUUGGGUGCCUGCGGCUAGGGCCCUAGGGCACCAUUGUACCCUCCUCCAGCUCCACGGAGUCUCGGAAGGGAAUGCUUCUUAAGGAGGUUCCUGUUUGAGCAGAAGUGAUCCUGCGUCUUGUGCUGUCAGAGCUUUCCUGCUGCCAAGAUGCCAUUGCCAUGGACAGUGACCGCUGGGCCAGAGCUCCAAAGCCCCAAGGAGCCUGGGAAGUCACAAACCCUAGCUCAGGGCACCCGGAAGUCCAACAGUAUGAAAGAGCCAAGUAUUCACCACGGGGACACUCUGAAACCCAGCCUGAGCACCCUGAAGCGGACCUUCUUCCGGACCAGCCUGCCAGCUUCCACCCACAAACCUAAGGAGGACCAGGGCCUAAUCAGGCGAAGUUCCCGCCUGUUCCGGUCCUUGAGACGGGCCCUGGAUGAAGGCCUAGCUGCUGGGCACCCUCAAGUCCCUGCAGUGACAGAGAAGCCUUCCAGUGUCACUGAUGGUAUCAGUCGGCAGGCAUCCACGGGGAUGGGACCUGAGGAUCUGGAACUCCAGGAAGAGAGCAAAUCCGUGACAGACCUCAUCACUGAGAGGCAAUUAGUGAAGGCCUUCGAACAGUUGCGGUACCUGGAGACGCGGCUGGUAGCAGACAAAACCUCACGCACCUUUGCGCAGGACCCCACCGCCUAUGCUCGGCGUGCUAUGGACGUUUGCCUACAUUACGAUGGAAUAGCCGCGGAGAUCGGAGCCAUUGUGCGCGAGGCGCUGGGUUCCGAAGGCGUGGAUGGAGAGGCUCUAGCCGAACUGGCCCAGGUGGUGAACUUAGAAGAGGAGGCCCAUCAGGCCCCCCAAGCCGACGGUGACUUCUUGAGUACGCCCCGCCACUGGCGCCGGCACUGGAAGGACGCGGUGCAGCGCAGCGCCCAGGAGCGCGUGCAGCGGGCUGGCGUCAAAGUCACCCCAGGGGCUGCGGAGGACUCUUCCGACCUAGCCCAGCUUCUGGCUGAACUCGGUAGCGUGGUUCGCCGUGACCUGCAGAAGGUGCGAUUAGAGAUACAGCCCGCUUACGAAGCCACCGAUUUCCCGGUGUGGGAGACCUACUUGCGUGCCUUUCACAGCGCGGUGGCCCAGCGUUUGCAGGAGCUGGCGCGAGACGCCCACGGCUGUGAGCAGCUCUAUGUGCUGUUAGACUGGGCCGCCAAUGUGUACGGCAGUCCUGACUUCCUAGGCGCCCCAGACUUGGCACUGCCCACCGAACCGCUACCCCCACUCCUAGAGCCUGCUUUGUGGGCCCGACUGGAAAGUGACUACACUAACUUCCUAGAGACAAAGAUCACAAGCUGUUUUGAUAGCAUCUUGCACCUGGAGCAGAGUCGCUGGGAAGCCGGCGAGGAGCUGGAAGUGUUACAGGGCCUCUACCAUACGCCCCUGUCCAUCGAUGUGCACAUGCUCGUGGCUGAGCACGUGAAGGCGGCCGGCGCUAUCUCCUCGGAGCUGGAGGCCACCACCCUGCAGAUCUGCGCACGUGCGCUCUGCCUCUUUGUGCCCAGGUUUGAAAAAGCAUUUCUGGCGUCGAAGGCGGUGAGCGUGUGCUACCUGGGCGCUUACAUUAACGCUUGCGUGGAGAUGAGAACCAGCCUUCUGGCCAGGUUCCCUGGAACCGUAAAGGAACUGGAGAAACCCCUUGUGGCUGCCACCAAUAGCUUCCAGAAGCACCUGCUUCAGAUGACACAGCAAGACAUACAGCCGUUAUUCAAGAUGCUGCAUACCAAGAGCUGGCUCACACAGGACACACUGCGUCCCCUCAUGGUCAAGGUGGUGGACUUUGCACAUCAUCUUGAGCAUGUGACCCCACUACUGGCACAGGAGACUCUGCAGGAGGUUCACCGUUUUGUGGUCCGCGAGUACCUGGGGCAGGUGCUGAGGCCCCACGAGAGGUUCAGUGGCCUGGACCGUGUGAACGGCUCCCAUAAGAUGAGCCUGGACGCGCAGGCCAUUAGCAACACUUUCCAGGGCCUGGGCUCUGAAGCCAAGUGGUUGGACCAAGCCAUCCUGUGCGUGGCUGAGAUCCUGGGCGAGACCUACAAAGACGACAUCCAGCGGCAUCUGGAGACACUUAUACGCAGCUACCCAGACAUCAGGCGUGACCACGUACUGGCCAUUCUGGCGCUGCGCAGACUCGGUCGCCGUAGGAAUCAUAAUCUGUUGCAACACACCCAACACUUGCUGAGGGCAGCGCCUGAGAUCAGGCCCUCCCCACGCCGUGUGCUCUUUGAAGAGAUCGAAGUGCCCACCUUCGUGGACGUGUUGAUCACGUGCAUCUAGGCUGAAGGGCAGGCAGGAGAUGGGUGGGCGGAGGGUCUGUCACCCUCCCCGUGACUGACCCCAAGAAGGAAGCCUAGUGAGUCACUCUGGCCCUACCCGCAGCUCUGAAGCCUGGAGCCAUGGAAUUUUUUAUCUGUUAGGGGGACUCAAGAGUGGAGGCAUUCCAGGCAUUUGUGGGGGAGUCUUUCGGGGUGGCUGAGGCUCCUUCCAGGACUUCAGGCCAGGAAGGUUUCCUUUUCUAACUGUCUGGUGUAUCCUCACUACAGUAAGUGGCUGAGUAUUCUAAAAAUAAAUGUGAAUUAAAAUAGUG